UAUUGGUAUACAUUGUUUUGGGAUGUUCAGAUAUUAAAAGAAUAAAAUGCAGUUAUAUUGUAUUCAAGAAGGACUAUCUCGGAAAUUCUAUAAUUUAGGCUAUUUCAUCGGUAAACAUCCAUUUAUAUUUAUAUUUUGUCCCAUUACACUAACUGCAAUUUUAUCAUUUGGAAUAAUGUACAUAAAUGUGAACAGAGACUUGCAUUACAUUUAUACUGCAAUAAAUGGCAAAGCUGCACAAAACAGAGAAUUUACUAAAUCACAUUUUCCAGUAAACACUUCAUAUUACGCUGAUGUGCAACGAAUUUUAGACCCAACUACUGUCUCAGUCGCACAAAUUGUAGCAAAAGAUGAAGGGAAUUUACUUCGAGAAAAUAUUAUUAAUGAAAUUAUUGUUCUAGAUAGCAUGAUUAAAAAUAUUACUGUAAAGUUGAAUGAAACUAAUGCAAACUAUAACGUCCUGUGCGGCAAAAAGUUCUCCAAAUGCUUUGAAAGUAAUGUCAUGAAAAUACUUUUAAAUUAUGAUGAUUUUAUUACAAGAAAAUAUAGAGUAAAAUAUCCUGCUAUUGUGAAUGAAAUUGUAUAUUCCUACGAAGAAUAUGUAUCAAGUGUUGGAGGAAUGAUAACCGACAAAAACGGUUAUUUGAUAAACUUCAAGGCAGUAAGACUACUUUAUUUGUUAGACAUCAGCGAUAAACUCAAAGAAAAAGCAAUUAAAAACUGGAAGAUUGCUUUUAAUGAGCUGCUACAAUCUAAAAAAUUUAAUCAUAUUUCGAUAAGCUUCAUUAACGAUUAUGUGGUCGAUAAAGAAAUACAGAAAUUUACUGACAGGUUGUUGCUUCGUUUACCGAUUGUUUUUAUAAUUGUUGUUGUUUUCUCACUUGUGACUUGCAUGACAAACGAUUGGGUGAAAAGUAAACCCUGGUUAGGGCCUUCUACGUGCAUAUCGGCAGCAUUGGCCAUCGUCAGUGGAUUCGGAAUAAUGGGUUUUGCUGGUGUUACUUACGUAGACUUCAAUAUUGCACUCUGUUACGUAAUUUUAGGUACGGAAAUUGAUGACUCCUUCGUACUAAUAGCUGCAUGGAGGAUAACUGAUUAUAGAAAGAGUGUUUGUAGACGUUUGGGCGAAACGUAUUCCGAAGCUGGUGUAUCUAUCACAAUUACAUCUCUUACCAAUUUCAUUUGCUUUAGUAUCGGAAUAAGUUCGCCUUUUCCUGCAUUUCGUUCGUUUUGCAUAUAUGGUUGCACUUGGUUUCUGCUUACUUAUUUAUAUCAGAUCACAUUUUUUGGAAGUUGUUUAGCUUUAAGUGGAUAUAGAGAGAAGAAAGAACUUCAUUCAUUCACAUUUCAAAAAAUGAAAGGUUCAAUUGAAUAUCAAUCUGAAACUCCAGAUAAGAAUUUCUUAAUGGAAAAGUUCGAAGUAAUCAGUUUUUUUCUAUCUUUAAAAUCGAGUAAAUUUCUGAUAUUGAUGUUAUUUGUCGUGAAUAUAAGUCUCGGAGUUUACUGCUUACGAUAUAUGAAAACUGGAAACGAUUUUUCGGAUAUAUUCAGCACAAAUUCUAUGCCAGCAAUAUAUAACAAUAUAAGUUACACAUAUUUUCCAAAUUAUUCUUAUCCGCUUUCUAUAAUAAUUGAUAAACCAAUAAAUUAUGCCGAUGACAAUGUAUAUCACGAUAUAGAACAAUUUAUUGAGAAAGUUUCAGCUCAUCCUCAUGUUGCAAGCACGGAUUAUAUUGUAUCUUGGUAUAAAUAUUUUAAAAUAAUGCAAAAAACACAAGUAAUGAGUUGGCUCAUAAAAAGUUACAAUAUGAGUAAAAUGGAAGACUUUAUAGAAGUAUUGCGCUUCGUAUUCUUUAAACUACCUCAAACGACAGAAGUUCACGGCGAUGUGGUUUUCAACGAUAAUUAUACAGAAAUCAUCGCUACUCGUUUUAUAUUACCCGUUGCCGAUAUAAAAGGACAAACUGACGAAACAGAAUUAAUGAUAGAUUUAUAUAAGCUUGCUGAAGAAUCACAGCUUCCAGUAAGAUUUGAUAAUUUCAUGUUUCCUCUUCUUGAACAGUCAAUAAUAAUAAAGGGGAUAACGUUACAAUCGGCUGUUAUUACUUCUGCUAUAAUUUGUGUAAUUUUCUUCGGUUUUGUGCCAAAUAUUUGUUGCGCUUUAUGCACAGCUCUAAUUGUGCUUUGCAUCAUUUGCGAAACUGUUGGAUUUGCUAGUUUUCUAGGUAUUAAAAUUGAUAUUGUCUUGCUCGGUUGUCUCAUUAUAUGCAUUGGUUUCUCCAUAAAUUACCCGACUCAUAUUUCUUUUUCAUUUUUCAUGGCAAAAGACACAAGUCCGAAUAAACGACUUAAGAAAUGUCUUUACGACGUAGGCCUGCCAGUCUUUCAGGGAUCCUUUACCACGAUUUUAGGCGUUUGUAUCUUGCCAUUCGAGCCAUAUUACUGUCCUGGAGCAUUUUUUAAAAUAAUCGUAAUUAUUGCUUUAGAGACUGCUUUUCACUCGUUAUGUGUAAUUCCUGUCAUUUUGAGUUUGUUAGGAAAAUUCGACAAAUCGCUUUCAGUAAUAGUUAAUCCGGAAUUUGAUAGCGAAUUUAACUCAAUGUUACAAUUAACAAAAGCAUAAAUUUCCUGAAUCUCGAUAUUUGAAAAUAGAAAUAACUGAUUUCAAAAUGUUAAUUGUAAAACAUCAUUUUAAUACGAUCGGAGAGAAAUGAAUAUUCAUACAAGGCUAAACAUGUACAUACGAUCAAACAAAUUAGCAGAAAAUUAGAUGAUUUUUCUGUGCUGUAUUGAAAAAUUCAUUAAAAGCGAAGUGACGUUAAUGAAUCUUCAAAUUAUUGUUCAAGUUUGUUUACUCAAUUUCAUGUCAUUGGCCAUUUUUAUUACUUAACUAUUAAAUUUUUGUCUUAUCAAACAGUAAAUAUCAAUUGAUUUUAACAUCUGAAUCUCUAAAUGACUUUUUUUAAAUAUAUUCAUUGUUUUUAUUUGUAAAGUAAGAAAUGAUCAAUGUAAUAAUCAGUUUUGGCUGGUAAACAUAUUUAAUAGUAUUAUUUGUAUGUAAAAAAUUUAACCUUGUAUUAUAAUUUAACCCUAAUAUGUAAUU